GCACACUGAAUAAUUCCACCGGACAAGUUCAACAUAUGAAAUCCUAAGCAGACCAUAGAGACCAGAAGCUAAAGAACUUGGAGAAGCAUUAGAGUUCUCCUGAAGUCUGGUUUAUUUUUUGCUUGUGAGAGAAGAAUGAUUGGACCAGUGCUUGUAGCUAUUGGUGCUGCCAUAGCUAACCUUUUACAAGGAUGGGAUAAUGCUGCUAUUGCUGGGGCUCUUUUAUACAUGAAAAGGGAAUUCAAAUUGGAAACUCAGCCCACUGUAGAAGGUCUUGUUGUAGCCAUGUCACUAAUUAGUGCCACAGCAAUUACCACAUUCUCUGGUGGUAUUGCUGAUUUGCUUGGUCGCCGUCCAAUGCUCAUAACCUCAUCGAUCUUUUAUUUCAUUAGUGGCCUCAUGAUGCUUUGGUCUCCCAAUAUUUACAUCUUGCUUUUGGCAAGGCUUCUUGAUGGGUUUGGCAUUGGUCUGGGCAUUACUUUUGUUAUUAUCUAUAUAUCUGAGACCGCUCCACCAGAAAUCAGGGGCUUUCUGUGCAUAUUUCCUCAGUUUAUUGGUUCCCUGGGAAUGUUUGUCUCGUACUGCAUGGUGUUUGCAAUGUCGUUGACAGACUCACCUAGCUGGAGAUUGAUGCUUGGAGUUCGUUCUUUUCCAGCUAUUGUUUAUUUUGCAAUAGGAGUAUUUUAUUUGCCUGAAUCUCCUAGAUGGCUUGUGAGUAAAGGCCGGAUCCUUGAGGCCAAGCUGGUUUUGCAGAGGAUCCAUGGCAGGGAUGAUGUAGCUGGUGAGAUGACAUUGUUAGUUGGAGAUCAUGGCAAUGGGAUUGAAACAUCUAUUGAGCAGUACAUGGUUCCUCCUGCUGAUGAACUUACGAAGAAUUGGGUGUCAGGUGCUGAGAAAGAGCAAUUAAUGUCUUAUGGGCCCGAAGAAGGAACCUCUCAGGUUGCCGAACAUAACACUAAGCAGGGUAUUCUUACACUGGUCGAUCAAGAAGGAAGCUCAGAAUACCAAAACAUUUCACUUGUGGAACCUCUGUUGACCCAUUCUGAUAUUGUUGUUAAGAAGCUUCCCUUUGCUGGGAGCAAAGGAAGUUUAUGUCAUUCAUAUGUAGGCAAAGUCAUUGAUGUAGCAGGAAAUCAACCUAGAAACAAACAAUGGGAUGAAGAGGGUCUUGGCAGAAAAGUAGAGGUCUAUACAUGUGAUGGUGCUGAUGGUGAAUCUUAUGAGGAAAAGAGCCCAUCAAUAUCACAUCAGACAACAAACAUCGAAAAAGACACAGCUGCACCUUCUUCACAUGGAAGUAUCUUGAAUAUGAGGAGGGAUAGUGCUCUUCAAGGAGACAAGCAGGAAACAAGUAGUACGGGCAUGGGUGGGUGGUGGCAGCUUGCAUGGAUGUGGAUGAUCACAGGAGGACAAGAUCAAAAUAAAGAAGUGGGCUUUAAGAGAACCUAUUUUGAUGAAUGUGGUAGGCAUACGUCUUCAAGAGGUUCUCUAUUUUCAGUUUUUUGUGAUGAUGUGCCUGUAGGUGACAAAUCAAUUCAAACUGCUGCUUUGGUCAGUCAACCAACUGUACAUCCUGAAAAGAUUAGAGAUCAGCAUUCCAUUGGACCAACCAUUAUAAUUGCAACCAAAACUCCUACAGAAGUACCAAGCUGGAAAGGCCUAUUUGAACCAGGAGUAAAGAAUGCCUUAGUCAUUGGAAUUGGAAUUCAAUUACUUCAACAGUUUGCUGGUAUAAAUGGUGUUAUGUACUACACUCCCCAGAUUCUUGAACAGGCAGGCGUUGGAGUUCUUUUGUCUGAUAUGGGAAUUAGUUCAACAUCUGCAUCUCUGCUUAUUAGCGCUAUGACUACUUUUUUGAUGCUGCCUUUUGUAGCUAUUUCCAUGAGGCUUAUUGAUGUAUAUGGCAGAAGGAUUAUAUUGCUUAGCACAAUCCCUGUCCUCAUCAUAGCACUCAUCAUUUUAGCUACUCAAAGUGUCCUAAACAAAGGCCAAAAGGGCAGUGCAACUAUUUCAGUUGUCAGUAUUGUGCUAUACAAUUGCUUUUUUGUGAUGGGAUUUGGUCCUAUUCCCGCCAUGAUCUGCGCGGAAAUAUUUCCGACUCACAUUCGUGGCCUCUGCAUUGCCAUCUGUACACUUGCAUUUUGGAUCGGGGACAUCAUUGUUACAUACACAACGCCUGUGGUGCUCGCUUCUUUAGGUCCUGGUUGUGUUUUUGGUAUAUAUGCAGUGAUGUGUAUCAUCUCCUGGGUUUUUGUUUAUCUUAGAGUUCCAGAAACCAAGGGCAUGACUCUGGAGAAGAUAACUCAGUCUUUUUCUGUCAGGUCAUUGCCCAAAACAAUUGCCUGAAUGAAAAGAAUAUGAAUAUUGGAGUGGGAUUCUUGUCUUCAGUUGUUGGUUCUUGUUAAAUGUUGGACCGAACCCAAGGUGUUCAAAAUAAGCUGUUGGAUGUAAGCGUUUGCCACCAGUUUUAAAUUGUCGGUUCUUUGCUUCUAGAAGUUGGUGUAUCAAAUGUAAUUUAAGGAUUAGGCUCUUCUCUAGUUAAUUCGAGAGACAUGCAAUUGUAAAAAGCUCUAAAAAAUCAUAAUUGCUACCGUAAUUUGUUAGUUAUUAGUCCAUCCAUAAUAGGAAUGCAAAUGAAUUGAGUUCAAUUAAGUUAUGAGCU